CCAUAUUUACCCUUAUUGGUUUGCCAGUGUAAUCUGGUUCGCGCUGUAUCGCUGACGCUUGAAAGUUUCCUCAUCUUUCUUAUUUCUGUCUUCAAUGUUAUAACAAAACAAAAUAAUUUUUGAGAUUUUGAUCCAGGUUUUACAGGUCUACUGUAGACUGAAGAAGAAUGAGUGCAAAAGAAGUAAAAAAUGCAAGAAUGAGUGAAGAGGAAUUAGAUACUCUUUUAAUGAUGGAUAUGGAGAAGAUCAUAGAGCUGUUUGCUGACGACACCGGCGGUAAUCAACCACCACAGUUUCAGUCUCCGCCUCUGCCUCGGCCGAUCUGGACUAGGGACGAGAACGAACAGUUUGAGAUUGUUAUUGCUCAAUGUUUUAUGGAAGCUAUAGAGAACCGGUGGGAGGCCGUGGCUGCUCGUCUCCCCGGGAAGACUCCGGCUCAGUUGCAAGAGCGCUUCCAGAAGCUUCUGAAUGACAUCAGUCUCAUCCAAAACGGUUAUCUUGUUAAUAUACAUGACUCGUCCAUCAUCAAUGGAACAAUACCACCACCAAUUUAUUGGACUCAUCAUCAUCAUCACAGGACGGAGGUAGUGGAGGCUGCAGCGAACAAGGCAGCGCCAAUGGAGAUUAUAUUAUCGUCGUCAGCCAUGGAUGCCAAAAGCAACAUAAUCUCACACAAACCUUUGUCUAUGGCUACUAGGAAGAACAAUAAACGGAAAAUAGUUCAUUGUUGGACUGAACAAGAGCAUUGGUAUAUUAUUAUAUUGCUUUUUUUUCCUCUUUCUUAUUUAUUUGUUUAUUUAUUAUCUUGUUGAAUGUUGGUGUUUAUCAACAAAGUGAAGCAACUAUAGUAAUUUGGCUUAUCACUUAUCUUUGGGAACAUUGUUUUAUAUUAUAGUAUAGAUAUUCUAAAGUUGUUCAUGUUAUCAGUUUUACUUUUAUAAGUUCGGCACCUCUCUUUUGUAAGACAUCUUCAUUCAUAGUAAUACAUAUUACACUCUCUAGCUACUCUCUGCCUCACUUCUCUGCUCUUUCAUCAAAGCUUGACAUAAGUGUUCUUGUGUUC